AUGCUACGGUACAAACGUUUUAUCUCGCUCCAAUUCUUUCCUCUAAUUUUUUUUCUUUCUAUUUCUGCCCCCCCCCCCCCGCCCGCCGUCGCGAAUUUCAUUUGCUUUUUCUCUCGUUUUCUUUUUCCGUUAUUUUUUUCCCACACUUUCUUUCUUUUAUCUCCUCGCAACCUUUCUCUUGUAUUUUCUUCUCCUGCUUGCAACUGUUUUCUCUCUCUCUCUCUUUGUCUGUCUCUCUCUUCCUGUCUCUCUCUCUGUCUGUCUGUCUCUCUCUCUCUUACUCUUUUUCACUUAUUUUUCUUUAUUUUUUCUUUCUUUCACUUAUUCUUUCUUUUUUUUUUCACUUAUUUUUCUUUCUUUCUGUCACUCUGUCUUACUUUCUUUCUUUCUUUCUUUCUUUCUUUCUUUCUUCCUUCCUUCCUUUCUUUCUUUCUUUCUUUCUUUCUGUCUUGCUUUCUUUCUUUCUUCAUUGUAUUUCCAUACUCAUUCUCCUUUCUUUUUUCUUUCUUAAUAUUUCCCUACUCUUUCUUUCUUUUCUUUCUUUCUUUCUUUCUUUCUUUGUAUUUCCAUACUCAUAUUCCUUUCUUUUUCUUUCUUAAUAUUUCUCUACUCUUUCUUUCUUUCUUUCUUUCUUUCUUUCUUUCUUUCUUUCUUUCUUUCUUUCUUUCUUUUCCAUUCCCUUUAUUUUUUUUCUUUCUUACCAUCCCACUAAACACUUAUUGUUCUUUGUUGCAAUGGCUAACUAGUCUUUUUCCCCGCAAGGAAGAUAAAUCUGAUUUUUCCUAA